AUGUUAAAGGAAAACUAUACAGCUGUGACUGAGUUUGUUCUCCUGGGACUGACAGAUCAGGCUGAGCUGCAGCCCCUUCUUUUUGUGGUAUUCCUAGUCAUCUACCUUAUCACAGUAAUUGGCAAUGUGAGUAUGAUCUUCUUAAUCAGAAGUGACUCGACACUCCACACUCCAAUGUACUUCUUCCUCAGUCACCUCUCCUUUGUAGAUCUCUGUUAUACGACCAAUGUCACUCCUCAGAUGCUGGUUAACAUUUUGUCUAAGAGAAAAACCAUUUCCUUCAUUGGUUGCUUUAUCCAAUUUCACUUUUUCAUUGCACUGGUGAUCACAGAUUAUUAUAUGCUCGCAGUGAUGGCUUAUGACCGCUACAUGGCCAUCUGCAAGCCCUUGUUAUAUGGAAGCAAAAUGUCCAGGUGUGUUUGCCUCUGUCUUGCUGCUGCUCCUUAUAUUUAUGGCUUUGCGAAUGGUCUGGCACAGACCAUCCUGAUGCUUCGUCUGUCCUUCUGUGGACCCAAUGAGAUCAACCACUUUUACUGUGCAGACUCACCCCUCUUAGUCCUCGCCUGCUCAGAUACUUAUGUCAAAGAGACUGCCAUGUUCGUGGUGGCUGGUUCCAACCUCAUCUGCUCUCUCAUCAUCAUCCUCAUUUCCUACACUUUCACCUUCACAGCCAUUCUGCACAUCCGCACUGCUGAGGGGAGACGCAAGGCUUUCUCCACCUGCGGGUCCCACGUGACCGCUGUCACUAUCUUUUAUGGGACACUGUUCUGUAUGCACCUGAGGCCCCCUUCUGAGACAUCUGUCCAACAGGGGAAAACUUUAGCUGUGUUUUAUAUUUUUGUGAGUCCUAUGUUAAACCCAUUGAUCUACAGCCUGAGGAAUAAAGAUGUUAAAAGAAGUAUAAGGAAAGUUAUCCGAAAAAACCUGUUUGCUAAGUAAGGUAGAUAUUUUGAUCAUAGGUCUUGGGAUUUGUUCUUGUUAUCUGACCAAUUGAUGAGCAUUUUAGGUUAACAAAUCACUGUGUCAUUGGGUGUUUUUUGUCUUUGUACUUUGCAUAUGGGUCUUCAAAGUAUAUGUCAAAUUAUUAGCUAAAGCUUACAGUGCCAUCCUCAGUAAACUGAAAACGAAUGCAUAGAAAUUCAAAUAUAAGCCUAGAAGGCAUUGUUCUAGCUUUAUAAAUAUAAGUAAAGUACAGGCAAUUCCAUUAUUAGUGCUCUUACUAGUAAAAUGUCAUAAAAGACAGAAUUAUCGAUUGCUAUGAAAAUGAUAGCUCAUUACAUUUUAUAGUGCUUAAUAAGCCUCCAGACUAUUUUCCAGAAACUUGACAACCAUACUGGAUGAGGUUUUCUGUUUUUGUUUUAUACAUAUUAUAUACAAAAGAGUAUCACUUAGGUAUAUCUUGGAUAACUACUUUAAGUUAUAUCCUUAGAAUGAUAUCACAGAUUCAAUGAAAUCCUCUUUCAUAAAGCUUUUCAUGGAAAUGCCAACUUUCCUUUGGAAGGGGUUUUUAAUUGUUUGUGUGUUGUGCCAGUAAACACAUCAACACGUGACCUCACUUUUUCACUAUUACUAUUGCCUGUUUCCUUUAAAUAAAUGAAUUGAAUGUUUUUUCAAUGAGUGCAUAUGGAUAUUUGUGUUUUAUGCAUGUAUUCGUGUG